ACCCCUGAUGCUAAAAAUUGGAAGGUCAAAUAUUACAAGCGCCAUAAAAAACCUUUUGCACCUAUGAAAGAAGGUGAACGAGAGUUGAUCGAUAUGGUCUUUAAUAAAAAGAAAGCUGAUGAUCGCAAGACAUGGAUAAAUUAUUUUGAAGUAUGUUUAGAAUUUUUUUUCUGUUACCUGAUUCCAGAAUGUAAACCUUUUAACGAUAAUUCGCAUUCUAAAUUUUUAUCUUUUUCUAGCCCGGUACCUAUGAUGAGCAAGAAGAAACGGACUUUAUCAGCAGAGAGUUGA